AUGGGAGUAGAGCUGACCUCCUGUGACUUUAACCAGGACAGUGCACCAUUCUGCAGGUUCACUCAGGACAGAACAGACAACGGCGAUUGGACCCGACAAAGAGGUCCAACCCCAACCCCCAACACUGGCCCCAAUGGAGACUACCCUUACGGAGAGGGCUUCUACAUCUACCAUGAGAGUGACAAUGUGGCUAAUGGACAGAAAGUUCGUCUUCUGAGCCCCGCACUCUCAUCUUCCUCAUCUUCUCAGAUCUGUGUCCAGUUCCGAUACUACAUGUACGGCUCAGACAAUACAAAUUUGUUCAGAGUUCUGGCCAAGAGGCCUGGCGGUGAGGAUGAAGUAUGGAAAAAGACAGGUAUCCAGAGUCCAUCCUGGCUGAAGGGCUCCGUCACUGUGUCCAAACCCAGCAGUGAAAGCGUCAAUAUUGUGUUUGAGGCUCAGAGAGGCUUCAGUGAUUCCUGUGACACAGCUCUGGACAACAUUGUCAUCACUGAAGGAGCAUGUCCCUCUUGUGUUUAUGGCUGUGAUUUUGACACUCUUGGUGUGAUAUGUGGGUGGAUGACCAACACUGUGAAUCCUGAGAUAUAUGGCUUUGAACAGUGGGUUGGGCCAACUGACACUGAAGGCAGCGGCCCAAAUGAUGACUUCUCCAAACCUGGAUUCGGUGCCUACAUGUUGAUGGAUGCUUCAUCUUCUCUCCCUGGAGCUAAGUCAGAGAUCCUAAGUCCUGUAAUAUCUUCCCCUGGAUGUCUUGACCUCACCUUCCACUACGUCCUGUAUGGCACCAGCACGACCAUGGAGAUCAGUGUCCACACUAAAACCCCAGGUGGAAGCCUUGGACCUGCUCUCUUCACUGUCAGGGGGAACCAGGGUCAAAGCUGGAAGCCUGCAGAGGUCCGGUACUUGGGAUCUGCUGCCAUUGAGUUUGUGAUUGUGGGAACGUAUGGAGAAACUACUCAGACGGACAUUGCUGUUGAUGCUGUGUGUGUCACAGUCUGCAAAGCUCCACCGACAACUCCUAAACCACCAGUAACAACUCCUGGUCCAACCACACCCAAACCAUCAACUCCUGGUCCAACUACACCUAAACCAACAACUCCUGGACCUACCACACCCAAACCAUCAACUCCUGGUCCAACCACACCUAAACCAACAACUCCAGGACCUACCACACCCAAGCCAACAACUCAUGGACCUACCACACCCAAACCAACAACUCCUGGUCCAACCACACCCAAACCAGCAACUCCAGGACCAACCACACCCAAACCAACAACUCCUGUUCCAACCACACCCAAACCAACAACUCCUGUUCCAACCACACCAAAGCCAACAACUCCCGGCCCAUCUACACCCAAACCAACAACUCCUGUUCCAACCACACCUAAGCCAACAACUCCCGGUCCAUCUACACCCAAACCAACAACUCCUGUUCCAACCACACCUAAGCCAACAACUCCCGGUCCAUCUACACCCAAACCAACAACUCCUGUUCCAACCACACCUAAGCCAACAACUCCCGGCCCAUCUACACCCAAACCAACAACUCCUGUUCCAACCACACCCAAACCAACCACUCCUGGGCCAACCACACAUAAGCCAACCACUCCCGGGCCAACCACACCUAAACCAACAACACCAGAACCAAACCCAUGCCCUCCUGAUGCAGAGUAUAUAGAAUGUGGUCCAGCUUGUAUCCCGACCUGUAAGGAACCCUCCACCAACUGUUCUGGAUCCUGUAUCAGUGGCUGCUUCUGCAAACCAGGGUUUGUCUUCAAGGGUCGACGCUGUGUGCCACUAGAAAGAUGUGGCUGUCUUGAUGACAAGAAUAACUAUUACGAGCCUGGAGAAAUUAUAUUUGGAGGUGGCUGCUCAAAGCUGUGUCGCUGUGCAGGAAACUACACACUAGAAUGUGUUGAUAACUCGUGUGAACCUACUGAAGAGUGUCGUGAGGUUAAUGGAGUUUCAGGCUGCUAUCCUAAAGGUACAUCCACGUGCAUAGCAUCUGGUGAUCCGCACUACACCACCUUUGACAAACGCAAGUACAACUUCAUGGGAAACUGCAGCUAUUUAAUGACAGGACCCUGCAAUGAAACCACCCUGCCACACUUUGAGGUCCAUGCAGACAAUGAAAAUCGCUUUAACAGGCCCACCAUCUCCUAUCUGAAAGCUGUCCAUGUAUAUGUACGCACGGUGAAGAUCUCCAUUCUCAAAGGUGGCACUGUACAGGUAAAUGGAACCAAUGUAAAUCUGGCAGUGAGUCCAGCCCCAGGUGUCUCUGUGUUCAAGUCAGGGAAGUUCUACACUGUGAACAUGGACUUUGGCGUGACAGUUCGUUAUGAUGGAAACCACUUUAUGGAUAUCAAAGUGAUCAAAGACUAUGAAGACAAGCUGUGUGGACUGUGUGGAGAUUAUGACGGGAAUGCCAAAGAUGACUUCCGUAAGCCGGAUGGAUCAUUGACCAACAACCCCAAUGACUUUGGACACAGCUGGAACACUGAUCCAGAGUGUAAUAAGAAACCAAACACCACCAUCCCCGACUGUGAGGUUGGAGAGCAGGAAAUGUACGAGAGCUCAGGAUACUGUGGUAUCUUGCUGGACAAAAAGGGUCCCUUCGCUGUGUGCCACCGCAAGGUCAACCCAAAUAAUUACUUCAGGGACUGUGUGUUCGACUUGUGUGAGCUGGAUGGAGCCAAGCCCAUCCUCUGUGAAGCCAUCGAAGCCUACGUCAAUGAGUGCCAGGACCGCGGUGUAAACAUCGGACCCUGGAGGAACGAAACCUUCUGCCCUCUGAGCUGCCAACCCAACAGCCACUAUGAGCCGUGUGCAGCCCCCUGCCAGGAGACGUGUUUGGAGAAACCUUCCUCCUGCGGCGGGCCCUGCUCCGAGGGCUGUGUGUGUGAUCCUGGAUAUGUCCUGAGUGCCGGAAAGUGCGUGAAGAAGAGUUUGUGUGGCUGCAAUUACAACGGACAGUAUUAUGAGUCUGGAGAUGAGUUUUAUGUGGAGGAUUGUCAGCUGAAGUGUAGGUGUAACGCACCUUUUGUGACCUGUUCGGCGUUCGAUUGCCCCCCAAUGCAUGAGUGUAAACUCCAGGAGGGAGAGCUGGGCUGCUAUCCCACCGGCUCUCAGAACUGUGUGGUGUCCGGUGAUCCUCACUACAACACGUUUGACAAGAAGUUCUACACCUUCAUGGGAACAUGUACCUACACUCUAGCCAGGACCUGCAAGAACAACACAGGUCCUUGGUUCUCAGUGGAGGGGAAGAACGAGGAGAGAGGCGUGUCCGGUGUGUCCUACCUGAGAAAACUCUACGUCACUGUCAAUGGAGUCACUGUGACCCUGAUGAAGUCCAGGAGAACGCUGGUGAACGGACUGCGAGUGGCCCUCCCUAACUCCCCCUCCCCUCUCAUCACCAUCAGUCUUGCGGGUCAGUACAUCACCCUGAAGACGCCCUUCGGCCUCAGGGUGCGCUGGGAUGGAAACCAUUACGCCCAGAUCUCAGUUCCCAGCUCCUACUAUGACCAGAUGUGUGGCCUCUGUGGAGACUACAAUGGGAAACCAGACAAUGACUUCACCAAACCAGAUGGCGUUCUGGUAGGAAAUGUCAAUGACUUUGGGAACAGUUGGCAGACGGAAGAGGAUGAAGAUGACACGUGUACCCCGGGUACCAAGCCGGACCCAGACUGUGACCCAAAACUGGAGGCUGAGGUGGUGAAACCGGAAAAAUGUGGUAAAAUCAAAGACCCUGCAGGACCCUUCAGGGAGUGUAUCAGCAAGGUGGACCCCACUCCGUUCUUCCAGAGCUGUGUGUACGACAUGUGUCGGUUCAAUGGCCAGCAGCAUGUUCUGUGUGACCAGCUCCAGGCCUACACUGAUGUCUGCCAGAGCGCCGGGGCCAAAGUCCACCAGUGGAGGACUCCAACCUUCUGCCCCCUGGCCUGCCCCCCCAACAGCUCCUACUCUCUGUGUGUGAGCUCCUGUCCCGAGACCUGCCUGGGUGUGGGGGGGUCUCCCGGCUGUCAGGACGUGUGUGUGGAGGGCUGCGAGUGUAACCCGGGCUACAUCCUCAGCAACGACAAGUGUGUGUCCCUGAAAGACUGCGGCUGUGUGGACCCCAGCGGAAACUAUCACCCUGUGAAUGAUAACUGGUACCUGGAGGGUUGUGAGCAGAAGUGUGUGUGUCACAGUGGGGGUUCGAUCCAGUGUCAAAACACCAGCUGUAAACCAUCCACUGAGAGCUGCCAGCUGCACGAUGGAGAAUAUGACUGCCGUCCUCUGGGAAGUGGUAUCUGCUCCGUGUCUGGUGAUCCCCACUACACCACCUUUGACAAACGCACCCACAAUUACAUGGGGGCCUGCUCCUACACCCUGUCCAAACCCUGCAACGAGUCCUCGGGCAUGCCCUACUUCUCUGUGGACACCCAAAACGAGCACAGAGGGAGCAGUAAGAAGAUUUCCUACGUCAGGGCCGUGGUGAUCAACAUGAACGGAGUGACCUUCAUCUUCGGGAAGGGCCGCACAGUCCAGGUGAAUGGAACAGCGGUCGUUCCACCUGUUUCCACAAUCAGAGGAGUUAAGAUCUACUUGAGUGGCAAGUUCGUCGUCCUGGAGACAGACUUCGGCCUGAGGGUGCGCUUCGAUGGUAACCACCACGCUGACGUCACCCUGCCAACCUCCUACAACGGCCUGCUCUGUGGCAUGUGUGGAAAUUUCAAUGGAGACUCCAAAGAUGACAACAUAAAACCAGACAAUAAGCCGGCUGCUAACACCAACGAGCUGGGAGACAGCUGGCAGGUUCCUGACCCUCGACCUGACUGUACCAAUGGUGGAGAACAGGAGGACUGUGAUGACAAGGUGGAGGCAGAGGCUCAGAAGCCCACCAGCUGCGGCAUGAUCACAGAUCCAAACGGUAUCUUUAAGCCCUGCCACUCCGUGAUGCCCCCCGGUCCAUACUUUGAGAACUGUGUGUAUGACAUGUGUGGCACUGGAGGUCAGACCGUGGCCCUGUGCCAGGCCAUCGAGAGCUACGCCGACAUGUGUGCCUCCGCAGGAGUCCCCAUCGCAUGGAGGAAUAACACCUUCUGUCCCCUGAAGUGCCCCCCCGGCAGUCAGUACAACCCAUGUGGCCCCGCCUGCUCCCAGCCCAGCUGUCAGAACCCUGCGAGCCCCGGCUCCUGUAACUACCCCUGUGUGGAGGGCUGCGUCUGCAUCCCCGGCCUCGUCCUCAGCGGAGACAAAUGUGUCCCGAUCAGCGAGUGUGGAUGCACGGAUGAAGACGGGAAGUACAGGCCGGUUGGAGACACCUGGUUCUCAGAGACGGACUGCUCGGAGCGCUGUAAGUGUAGCGGAAACAACAACAUCACCUGCGAGCCCUGGCAGUGCAGCCCCGCUCAGGAGUGUAAGGUCGUAGAAGGAGUACUGGACUGCCACUCUACAGGAAAAGGAGUGUGUCACGUGGCUGGAGACCCUCACUACUACACCUUUGAUGGAGUGAUGCACACGUACAUGGGCACCUGCACUUACACACUUGUGGAGGUUUGUGACACGACCAGGGUAACUCCCUUCAAGAUCGUGGCUAAAAACGAGGAGCGUGGCCAACCAGAGGCCUCCUAUGUUCGCUCUGUCAAAGUCUACCUGCCUUUUGACAACGUGGUUGAACUGCAGAAGAGCCGCAGAGUGACGCUGAAUGGCCGGAGGGUGCGAACACCACUUUCCAUCGACACGAUCGGAACCAAGGUGAUAAGCAGCGGGUCCUACAGUCUGCUGGACACAAACUUCGGUCUACAGGUGAAGUUUGACGGAGUGCAUCACCUAGAGAUCACUGUUCCCGGAGAAUACUACAACAAGCUGUGUGGCAUGUGUGGCAACUACAACCACAACUCCACUGAUGACAACCUGAUGCCCAACAAGAAACCAGCCAAGGAUGUGAUUGAACUGGGCAACAGCUGGAAGUCAGAUGGAGACAGUGAUCCCGGCUGUCAGCCAGACACUCGCCCAGACAUCCACCCUAACUGCACCACAGAAGAAGAGACACUGUACGAGGCUCAGUGUGGCAACGUCAUCCUCUCCGACCGCUUCCAGCCCUGCCACUCACUGGUGCCCCCCGAAGCCUUCCUGGGUAACUGCAUCUACGACAUUUGCGAGUACAACGGCAUGCAGGCCACGCUCUGCGACAACGUGGAGACCUACGCCGCGGCCUGCCAGAGCGCCGGGGUCACCAUCAGCUGGAGGAACAACACUUUCUGUCCCGUGCCGUGCCUUCCUAACAGCCACUACUCAGACUGCACCGCCCCCUGCCCCCCCACCUGCUCAGACCUCUUCCCCAUGUCCUGCCACCUCCCCCCCACCUCCUGUGUGGAGGGCUGUCAGUGUGAUGCCGGAUACGUCCUCAGUGACACCAAGUGUGUUCCUCUGGACAAAUGUGGCUGUCUGGGCUCUGAUGGAGAGUACCACGAUGUGAGUGAAACACACUGCUGCUGGCCGAUUGCUGUGAACAGGAUCUGA